GAUUAAUUAUUUAGAUUUAAAGAAUUGUAACAUUCCUGGGGACUUGCUCAAAGGAUGAUUUUUACUUUUGCUCAAGAGGAAAGUUCUGAAUCUAUCAAGUAGCUUUUAAAGAAGUCCUUUGUGUGGGUUACAUAUAUAGACGUUUUCAUGAAGAGGAGUGAAAAGCCAGAAGGAUAUAGACAAAUGAGGCCUAAGACCUUUCCUGCCAGUAACUACACUGGCAGCAGCCGGCAAAUGCUGCAAGAAAUUCGGGAAUCCCUUAGGAAUUUAUCCAAACCAUCUGAUGCUGCUAAGGCUGAGCAUAACAUGAACAAAAUGUCAGCUGAAGAUCCUCGACAAGUCAGAAAUCCACCCAAAUUUGGGACGCAUCAUAAAGCCUUGCAGGAAAUCCGGAACUCUCUACUACCAUUUGCAAACGAAACCAGUAAUUCCUCUCGGAGUACUUCAGAAGUUAAUCCACAGAUGCUUCAAGACUUGCAGGCUGCUGGAUUUGAUGAGGAUAUGGUUAUACAAGCUCUUCAGAAAACUAAUAAUAGAAGUAUAGAAGCAGCAAUUGAAUUCAUUAGUAAAAUGAGUUACCAAGAUCCUCGACGGGAGCAGAUGGCCGCAGCAGCUGCCAGACCUAUUAAUGCCAGCAUGAAACCAGGGAGUGUGCAACAACCAGUUAACCGCAAACAGAGCUGGAAAGGUUCUAAAGAAUCCUUAGUUCCUCAGAGACAUGGUCCACCACUAGGAGAAAGUGUGGCCUAUCGUUCUGAAAGUCCCAACUCGCAGACAGAUGUAGGAAGACCUUUGUCUGGAUCUGGUGUAACAGCAUUUGCUCAAGCUCACCCUAGCAAUGGACAGAGAGUGAACCCACCACCACCACCUCAAGUAAGGAGUGUCACUCCUCCACCACCUCCAAGAGGCCAGACUCCCCCUCCAAGAGGUACAACUCCACCUCCCCCUUCAUGGGAGCCAAACUCUCAAACAAAGCGCUAUUCUGGGAACAUGGAAUAUGUAAUCUCCCGAAUUUCUCCUGUUCCACCUGGGGCAUGGCAGGAGGGCUAUCCUCCACCACCUCUUAACACUUCUUCCAUGAAUCCUGCUAAUCAGGGACAGAGAGGCAUUAGUUCUGUUCCUGUUGGCAGACAACCAAUCAUCAUGCAGAGUUCUAGCAAAUUUAACUUUCCACCAGGGAGACCUGGAAUUCAGAAUGGUAGUGGUCAAACUGAUUUCAUGAUACACCAAAAUGUCCCUGCUGGUGCUGCGAAUCGGCAGCCUCCCCCUCCAUAUCCUCUGACCCCAACUAAUGGACAAAGCCCUUCUGCUUUACAAACAGGGGGAUCUGCUUCUCCUUCAUCAUAUACAAAUGGAAGUAUUCCUCAGUCUAUGAUGGUGCCAAAUAGAAACAGUCACAACAUGGAACUUUAUAAUGUUAGUGUACCUGGACUACAAACAACUUGGCCUCAGUCAUCAUCUGCUCCAGCCCAGUCAUCCCUGAGCAGUGGGCAUGAAAUCCCUACAUGGCAAUCUAACAUACCAGUGAGGUCAAAUUCUUUUAAUAACCCAUUAGGAAAUAGAGCAAAUCAUUCUGCUAAUUCUCAGCCCUCAGCUACAACAGUCACUGCGAUUACACCAGCUCCUAUUCAACAGCCUGUGAAAAGCAUGCGUGUAUUAAAACCAGAGCUACAGACUGCUUUAGCACCUACACACCCUUCUUGGAUACCACCACCAAUUCAAACUGUUCAAUCCAGUCCUUUUUCUGAGGGUACCACUUCAAAUAUGACUGUGAUGCCACCUGUUGCUGAAUCUCCAAACUAUCAAGGUCCACCACCACCUUAUCCAAAACAUCUGCUACACCAAAACCCAUCUGUUCUUUCAUAUGAAUCAAUAAAUAAAUCUAGCAGAGAAGAUCAGCCUAGCUUGCCCAAGGAAGAUGAGGGUGAAAAAAGUUAUGAAAAUGUUGAUAGUGGGGAUAAAGAAAAGAAACAGAUUACAACUUCACCCAUCACUGUUAGGAAAAAUAAGAAAGAUGAAGAGCGAAGGGAAUCUCGUAUUCAAAGUUAUUCUCCUCAGGCGUUUAAAUUCUUUAUGGAGCAACACGUAGAAAAUGUACUGAAAUCUCAUCAGCAACGUCUACAUCGUAAAAAACAAUUAGAGAAUGAAAUGAUGCGGGUAAAACCUUUUAAAAUGUCCAUUUUUAUACUGGUUAAUCUGUUUGCUUGGUGUUUGUUUUAGAAUAUUGCUCUGUGGUAUUUUUUUUUUCUUAUAGCUAAAUACAAUAUAUUAAAAAUUACUUAAAAGUGAGUAAAUAUUAAAAUACUUUUGA